AUGUCUGACGCAGGUGAUAAUCAGAUUUCUACGAUUGAUCGCACUAACAGCGAUGAGUCGUUGGUACUGAUGACUUCGCCUUUGCCUACGGUCAACUUUGUCCAGGAAACCCCAGGCGACCUGUUCGACGCCCCCAACGGCGCUGCUCUGAUCCAUGCAUGCAACUGCCAGGGCGUUUGGGGUGCAGGCAUUGCCCGUGCAUUUCGUGAGCGGUAUCCCGCCGCCUACGAGAUCUACCGCAACCACUGCCGCAUUUACCGUGACCACCCAGUCACCAACGUUAUCACCGAUCUACGGGAUGAGGCCCAGCAGCCCUCUCUCGUUGUUAACCGUCCCCUCGGCACCGCACUCAUGAUCCCACCACAGCAAAGUGACUUCACUCUACACCACCGUCGCCAUUGGAUCAUCUGCGUCUUUACCUCGGAGUACUACGGCAACCGCGCGGAUUCAGAGGAUAUGAUUGUCAAUAGCACUUUUGCUGCCCUCCAACACCUGAGUGAACAGCUACGAAGUCUUCGGCAACAGGCUUCUGAGAGCGGAGAUGAUCGACCCCAGAGACUCUACUCCAAUCGCUUCUGCACUGGUUUUUUCAAGGUCUCCUGGGACCGCAUUCGUAAAUUGAUCGAUACAGUUGGUCUACAUAUCACUGUGUUCUACCCCUUUGAGGCCAGCAGCCGCCGCCCUCGUCCUAUUCGUAUGGUGCAUCCCAGUGAGAUUGAACAGGAGUGA